AUGGGAUAUUUGGUUUAAUUGGGAAGGAUAUAAACAAAUGUAAAUAUUAUAAAAAUAUUAGGGAACAUAAAGUGGUGAUGGAUAAUAUGAUUAAGAAGGAAAAUAGAAAAAGAUUGGAAGAUCGAUAGAAUUGGAGGAAUGGAUUGAUCCUAAUAAAUACAUCACUUAUAAUGGGGAAGAUAAUAUGAAUGGUAUGAAGGUAGGUAGAUGGAAUAUUUGGUUUAAUUGA